GGGGCGAUAACAUUCAGGUCCAUGAGGAAAUUUUCUUAACGGCAGCUCCUCUUACAUAGAAGGCAGAUCAGGCCAGAGAUUUCUGGAAAAUCAGCAACCAUGCCGACCUCCCCUACCCACCUGUCAGUCCCUGACUCUAUCAACUCUACGCAGGGAACCAACUCCAGCCUCCAGUUGUUCUCCAAGUUCAUCCAUCCAGACACAGAACUGUACAAAGAAUUUUACAACAUGUGGAUUGCCCUGAUGGUGGUCAACGUCAUCAUCUUCCUGGUGGGUGUUGUGCUGAACAGCUUGGCACUGUACGUCUUCUGCUUCCGUACCAAGACAAAAACCACCUCUGUUAUCUACACCAUCAACUUGAUAGUUACUGAUCUCUUGGUGGGCUUCUCCUUGCCUGUCCGGCUCAUCAUGUUCUAUAGUGCAGGGGACUGCCUGCACUGUUCCUUGGUCCACAUCUUUGGCUACUUUGUCAAUAUGUACUGCAGCAUCCUCUUCUUGACGUGCAUCUGCGUUGACCGCUAUCUUGCGAUCGUGCCCGUGGAGGCUUCACGCAAAUGGAGGAACCCCACGUGUGCCAAGGGCAUCUGUGUCUUCAUUUGGAUCUUUGCAACCGUGGUGACUUUCUCCAUCCUGAGCAUGGCAAUACAGUUUGCCCAGUGCUGCCUCUCCAAGAUCCUGGCCCUGAUGGUCUGCGAGUACUUCUUCCCUCUCAUCAUAAUCAUCUUCUUCACCACCAGGAUUAUGUGUGCUCUGUCCAAACCCAGCCUCAUGCACCAGAGUCGGGAGAGAAGGAUGAGGGCCGUGCAGCUCCUUAUCACUGUCCUCAUCAUCUUCAUGAUCUGCUUCACUCCCUUCCACGUGCGACAGGUCGCCAUCUCCAUCAACCCAGACAUGCCCCAUGACGUCAGCCUCAUUGUCUACCACGUGACAGUGACUCUGAGCAGCCUCAACAGCUGCAUGGACCCCAUCGUCUACUGCUUCGUCACCAACAACUUUCAGUCCACCAUGAAAAACAUCUUCAGGAAAACCGAGCCAGAACAAACCAGCGUGGACAUCCUGGGCAUGAACAAGAACACCAAGGGCUCCAACGCAAUCAUUGCCUUCUCAAACACAAUAGGAAGCCCUCUGAGCUUGCCGUCAGCAAGCAAUGCCCAGAUCUAAGCCUCUUCUGAUGGGACAUGCUGCAGUAAGCCAGUGUAAUGAUGCUGGAAUAUUGCCAGGUUGUGUGGCACUA